UUCAGCAGCCGGUCACACAGUACCAGACUUCAGCGCGCGCAGAUUCUCCGAGAGAUCACGACCAAAUCCGAACCCAACAUUCCUCCGUUAUCACCCACCAGCUCAGACUGACAGCUGACCUGACCCGUGUCCCCUUCACGGCAGCGGCUCCCUCUGACUAAAAAAAAAAAAAAAAAAACAAGAACAUUGACCCAUCACUCGAAGCCGUAAAACUGAACCAGACGAGGUGUGCUUAAUUCCCCCCACCUUCCCCCAGCACCACGUCCGUGCUCUCUGAGGCCGACACCGACACCGACACAUUCCGAGGAAAGAUUUUCGUCCCGCUGCUCCCCGUCAUCUCUGCCUUGUCUGUAGCCGACUCAUUUUGCUGCGCCCGGGAUCAUGGCGGAGUACACCUCUUUGCUCAGCGACCUGUCUGAAAACAUAACCAACGAGGACUUGGAGCAGCUCAAGUCAGCCUGCAAGGAGGACAUCCCUGAAGACCAGAGCAACAACAUCACCUCCUCCAAGGAGUGGUUCAGCUACCUGGAGAAGAACGACAAGCUUGCCCAAGAUAACCUGUCUUACAUCGAGCACAUCUUCGAGAUCUCUCGGCGGCCGGACCUGCUGACCAGGGUGAUAGAGUACCGCACCACUGUGCUGAAGAUCUCCGAGGACGACGAGAUUGACACCAAGCUCACACGUAUCCCCUCAGCCAAGAAAUACAAAGACAUCAUCCGCCAGCCCUCUGAAGAUGAGAUCAUCAAGUUGGCGCCGCCUCCUAAAAAGGCAUGAGGUCAAUGUCCAGAGUCCCAAUCUUGGCACCUUGAUUUCUCCACCUCCGGCACUCAGAUCGUCCAACCAAACAUUUCCCAUCAGCCCUGUUAACCACUCCCACCUCAGUCUCCCCGACACCACCUCCAGACAUACACACACACACACACACCCUCCCCUACCAUCCCCUGCUGCACCCUUGCCUCCUUAAGUACCACAAAUGACACGGGACCACGCAAGACGCUGUCUACAACGUCGACCAAUCAGAUCGUAGCGACGCAGCCCCUUCCCCAGCUGAGGGGGGGAUGGGAAGUUGCGGGGGGGGGGAAAAGACACUUAAAGAUAAAAUUUGGAGAUGGACCAACGUAGUAUGUGUGUGAUGAGAACACUGAAGUCUGUCCUGGAUGUUGAGUGGGUCAGUUCUGAAUGAGUGUUUCGUGACGUUGCGUGUUCAUGUCGUUUAAGUGGUUUGGUUAAGUAUGAAACAAAAGCUAGGCUAACCCAUGAUGAAGCAGAAAUUACAGAUCCUGCGUUUGAGUAAAAUGAAAAAAUUACAAGGCUAUAUUUUAUUCUGAAAUUCUGGAAAAGCCUACAGAACUUAAGAUAUGAAAUUAUAUUUGUGGGAAUAAGUGCAGUGACACUUCACUGCAACUCAUAUUUUGUCUUUGCUAAAGCUAAUUUAUCGAAAUUUAACUUGAUUGUACAACAUAGCCAAACUUUUAAGACCAUAUUAAUAUUUGAGCACUAAAACAACUAGAUGAUGGAAAACGGUUUCAGAAGAUAACCACCCGGUAAGGUUCAAUGGUUAAAAAAAUAAAAAUAAAUCUUACGCAUUGUUGUUUUUUUCUGUGAAGGUGCUUGUGUUAGCUUGUAGCUAGCUGAAUAAAUAUUUGAGCGUGUUUGUGUUAAGAGGAGUAGUCUAGAUGCCAACCUCACAUCUGUCGAUUAGCCAAGAGUUAGCAUUAGUGCUAAACUUGAACAAAGAUCAAGUCGUUUUUGCCUCCCUGUUUCAAUACAGUAAGCUGAGCUAAGCUAUCUUCUUCAAGCUAGCUACAAGGGAGCGUCGGUUUCCUAAUAUCAGAGCGUGACUCGUGGGAAAACAUGUCUCAGCAAAUCUAGCUGUUCCUUACUACGUCAUUAGACUGGUUACUUGAAGCUAAAUGCUAAUGUCAAAUUUUAUCAAUGGAAGAGUCUCUGUUCCCCCAAGGCUCUAUGAGCAUUCCCUUCACUCUAACAUGAUUAACGAGAAACAAGAAACAUGUCGAACAUUUUAGUGAAACAUAUUUAAAAUUGCCGAUAUUUGCCUUUAGCUUGUAGUCACUUCAAAGAGUUAUUUACAGCAGAUAUUUAGUUAUAGCAUUUAUGUCUUCGCAAUGGAAGAUCCUUUUUUGUAGGGACCUUUCCAUUAUUGGAACCAGUCAGAGUGAAUGUUCUUUUUAGGGACAGGUUAGAGAUGUAAAUAAAUAAUAUAUUACAAGAACGUAUAGUAGAAGUAAUAUAAUGAUCCACAAUUUAUGCUCUUUUGGGCAAACUCUAGCUCUAGCAAGAACCACCUAUAGGUUCAGUUAGUGUUGCUAGUUUCAAUAAAAGUUCAGCUAAUCCCAAACCAUCUAACAUCUCUUUGUAAGCAAAGGGAAGUUGGACUACAUCAUCCAUACGUACAUUUUGGGAGAGUUAUUGUAUGUAGCCUGUUUUAAGUAUCUUCGUUGUCAUUGUAUUUGUCGCUCAUAAAAUAAUUGACCAGUGUAUUUUGAAAGACUACUCAAGGCUUCUGAGAGGAAAAAGGAAAAAAAAAGAAAAAUCAGUUUUACGUGAUCGUUCAAAUUCCUAACUUAAACGUCAACGGUCCCUAUAAUGCACUCAUUAUCGGACUGCGCCAUUACCGCCAUGCACCGACGCGAAAAGAAAAGCUAGCAGACUGUUGAAUCUAAACUUUAAUGACCACUCUUCUGAACACUGUGUAUCUUUCUCUCCCCACGACGAAGCCUUAGCAGAGUUUUUGCGUUUACGUCCCCUGAAUUUUUAUUCUCUUUUUUUUUUCUUUCUUUCUCCACAACUCUGAGCGUUCAGGCGUGUGAAAAGCAGCGACGGGCGUCGGCGGCACACGCGUUCGGUCAAUCAAAGCAGCUCUCCAUUUUAAAGAGAGCUGUGUGAUCUUUCUUUUUCUUUUUAAAGAUUUGCUAAGGACUUCAGUGUUGGUGAGUACAGAAUGUGUGUGGUCUACUUUCUUUGUCGUCCUCAAAGCUGUGGGAUUUGAAACUGAGGCAUCGCGAUCUUUCAGUUGUAAUGACUAGUUACUUACCCGAGCACUGACUCUGUUCUCGCUUGUACUCCUUUGCCACUAUGCUCCAAUUCAGCCCUAGUGCCAACGAUCGAGACGUUUCGUUUGGAUCACGGUUUGUGUGGUCUGUUUUGUUUUUACUUUAUAUAGCUUGACUUGUAUUGUAUUGCUGGACAGAUUUGUAUCCUAUGCAUCAAUGUCUGUAAGAAAAAAACCUUCACAAACUGCAAUUUUACAGAAUGGAAUUCUGUGUUUGUCCUUCGCCCGGGUCUUUGACAGGACCGUGGCUUGUUUUAUAUUAAAUUUGCAUGAUCUCUUUGCAAAGUAGAUUUGACUUUUGGUCGUAGAAACUUGACAGUACGCACCUUUAGAAAGAGGAAGGGGGGGGAAAUAGCUGGAAACUGGGGUAAAAACAAACUUUUUAAUGUUUUGGCACUGCAUAUUACUUUUGCUGCAUUCCUGCAUCCGUUUAAUUUUCACAUUUUAAUAUCCGACUCAAUUGUUAGUAAUAUAUUUUAGCUGUUUAUACCUAUUAUUAAGUAUCUAAUUUGGUGUAUUGGCAUUAAAUUGAGAAAAUGUAUUUUUUCACUUUGCCUGUUGAGUAAAACAUUGCAUAAUUUAGAUAUUAACGUUUUUUUGGGGGCGGGGGACUUUUGGGUAAAUUAAUUGUCACUAGUUUGUAUCUCUGUGUUGUUGCCGCUCUUCUCGUAUUCACAAAUAACCACGUCAUACCUUUGUGUAACAAAAGCUUGUCAGUAUAUUUGUCUUGGUAUUGUAAAAAAUCCAGAAUAAUAAUAAUUAUCAAACGGCUCAACUCUCCCCUGCAAUUUAAUUUGACUGUGUUUUCCUCUCUAACGAUUUGAUAUUACAUCACACAGCCAAGCAUUGGUAAAUAAUUGGUAAAUAAUUGGCUCGGCUUUAUUUCAGCGGUUGUUGAAAAAGCCUGGCGUUGGGUACAAUUAGAAUCUUGGUUGUUGAGAUACAACUGGUGGUCUUUUUUUUUUUUUCAGAACCAAAAAUCCUACUGGUAUGAAGGGACCAAAUUUAUUAAGUGGUGAAUGGGGGAAAAUAACAUUCAAGUCUUGAAUCUUCUUGAAAUGUGAGGCAGAGGCUACUUUUUGAAUAUUUAAUUUAACAAGUAAUAGUCAAAUAUCCCAAAUGUGGAUUAUGUGUUAAAAAUAGCAUGUUGAACAUCUGAGGUGUCAAAUUAUUGAUUCCCCCCCCCCCCCCCCCCCCAGUUUCCAGGCUUGCCCUUGCUUGACCAAACACUAGGUGAAUUGGUGUUAGCUCUUCUUUGGAUUGGAGCUGUUGAACACAAAGUGACUCCAUCUCGCAGCGUGGCGAUGGCCUCUGCGUAACGCAGUGUUACAAUGCACGCCGCCUUGGCUAAAUGUCGAACUGCCAUUUAACAGUUCUGUUGAACAAGUUUGGCUAUUUGUACAAACCAUACCAAAAGACAGAUGUUUCUUUGCCUGUGUUUCCAAUAUUUGACACAAUAUCACUAAAAGGGGUCAGGGGCCAAUGAUUUUACCUUCUUUUAUGCAAAGUAGGUUUUGAAUACCAGCUUGUGAAUUUCAAUGUGUGAUUUUUCUUUUUCCUUCCCCGUCUCUCCCCAAUAGAAUUUCAGUUAGCCGUGGACUAAACAACUGUUUUGUUUUUUGGGGUUUUUUUGCAUAGAUUUUUGAUUUAUCCUGAUGAACGCUUUGGUUUGAACAUGUUUUGAAACCGCGUUUCCGUCAAAAUGUGGCUCUGCCGAGCCUUUUGUUGUUUUUCCCGAAGAUUACUUACACCAAGUUGUGCUCCUUAAAGUCAGCUCCCAUAAAUAGCACAGUCCCUCCGACUUUUAACACAACGCAAGUCACAUUUUUGACGUAGCUUAGCUUAUUUUCUGUGUAGCCAUUGGCGCAUAAUAUCAACAUAUCAGCCUCAGAUGAUGUCAAAUUUGGAUUUCCAUGUACAAAGUACAUAUCAGCUCGGUACAUGCUGCAAAAGUAUAAGCCUAUUGUGUUUAAGGUGAAUACAUAAUUAGAACCAAUGUGUGAGGCAAACAUGCUUUGGACGUACUUAGCAUGUGAUGCUAACAGUCGACUAAAAUCCAUUCCAAUAUUUUCCCUUAAAAAAUGAGACUGUGUUUUUUUCUUCUUUACAUCUUAAUUGGUUGUAAAUAUGUAUUUUGGAUGUAAGUCGCAGUGUUUGUUUUUAAACUGAUUAAUUUAUUUAAUGCCUCUAUAUUGUUGGUUUUACAUGUCUUGAUUUUGUUUUACUAACUGGAAACAUGUCAAAGGGUUGGUUAAAAACCAUGUAGACCUUGUAUUAAUUUCUAUUACUUUCUUCAUUUAUGAUUUGCUGUUUCAGCAUUGGGUGAUGGUUUUUCAAAGGUUUU